UUUGUUUUCCAGGCCGUCGCCCCAGCUGGGAGCAGCCUGGAGAGCUGGAUGUUCUGCAAACCCGAGGGGGGGUUCGCGGAGCUGGAGAAGAAACUCAAGAGCUUCUCCCAAAAAAGCGCCGUCCUCAAGGAGGUUUUGCUGGAGUUUAAGGAGAAUCUUCGGUUCGAGCUGGAGAACGACACGGGGGAGCUGUCCCUGGACCCCGAGACGGCCAACCCCUACCUGGUGCUGUCGGAGGACCGGCGCAGCGUGCGGCUGCGGGGGGCCCCCCAGGAGGUGCCGGCCAACCCCAAGCGCUUCGACUACGCCUUCUGCGUCCUGGGGGCCGAGGGCUUCCUGGGGGGGCGGCACUACUGGGAGGUGGAGGUGGGGGACGGGGAGAGCUGGGUGCUGGGGGCCGCCCGCGAGUCGGUGCGGCGCAAGGAGAAGGUCGACUUCGCGCCCGAGGAGGGCAUCUGGGCCGUGGGGCUCAACUGGAGGGGCAAGAGCUGGGAGCAGUACCAGGCCUUCACCUCCCCCGAGACCCCCCUCUCCCUCUGCGAGCGGCCCCGCAAGAUCGGGGUCUACCUGGAUUACGAGGGGGGGUGGGUGGCCUUCUACAACGCCGAGAACAUGGCGCCCAUCUUCACCUUCACCGCCGCCUUCUCCGAGCGCAUCUUCCCCUUCUUCUGGCUCUUCUACGUCGGCUCCUCCCUCUCCCUCUGCAAUUAGGCGCCCCUCCCCCGGUAAUUAAACACCACCCCUUAAUAAG